GUGCGCGGCUGACGGCAGAGCCGCGCUGCUCUUGGAGAGGUCACUCCGGAGACGGUGGAGCCUUUGGGGCGUGGGGGUCAGUGGCAGUAAUGUGGCGCGUCUGUGCGCGGAGGGCUCAGAGUGCUGUGCCCAGAGCCGGGUUCAGGGCUCGCGGGGCAGCCUUGAAGGAAGGCUCCGGCGCCCCGUGCGGGAGCCCGCGGACCGGCCCCGCUGCGGUUCGUUGCGGCAGUGGGAUCCCCAGCUAUGGGGUCCGCUCGUUGUGCAGCUGGAGCUAUGGCUCCGGGACCAUCCCGCGUAACCGCUUACUGCGACAACUCCUGGGGUCGUCCAGCCGCCGCUCUUACAGUCUCCCCCCGCACCAGAAGGUUCCACUACCUUCCCUUUCCCCUACAAUGCAGGCAGGCACCAUAGCCCGUUGGGAAAAAAAAGAAGGGGAAAAAAUCAGUGAGGGUGAUCUAAUUGCAGAGGUUGAAACUGAUAAAGCUACUGUUGGAUUUGAGAGCCUGGAGGAGUGCUAUAUGGCCAAGAUACUUGUUCCUGAAGGGACCAGAGAUGUUCCAGUUGGAUCCAUCAUCUGUAUCACAGUUGAAAAGCCUCAGGAUAUUGAGGCCUUUAAAAAUUAUACAUUGGAUUCAGCAACAGCUACCGCACAGGCAGCCCCAGCCGCAGCCCCAGCUCCGGCUCCAGCUGCCGCCCCAGCUGCACCUUCUGCAAGUGCUCCUGGUAGCUCCUAUCCUACUCAUAUGCAGAUUGUUCUUCCUGCCCUCUCCCCAACCAUGACCAUGGGCACGGUCCAGAGGUGGGAGAAGAAAGUAGGCGAGAAGCUGAGUGAAGGAGACUUGUUGGCAGAGAUCGAGACCGACAAGGCCACUAUAGGUUUUGAAGUACAAGAAGAAGGUUAUCUGGCAAAAAUCCUGGUCCCUGAAGGCACAAGGGAUGUUCCUCUGGGAGCUCCACUAUGUAUCAUAGUAGAAAAACAGGAAGAUAUAGCAGCAUUUGCAGACUACAGGCCAACAGAAGUGACCAGCUUAAAGCCACAGGCACCACCGCCUGUCCCACCCCCGGUGGCAGCUGUUCCUCCCACUCCCCAGCCUGUAGCCCCUACCCCCUCAGCCACUCCUGCUGGACCAAAGGGAAGGAUCUUCGUUAGCCCUCUCGCAAAGAAGUUGGCAGCAGAGAAAGGGAUCGACCUCACCCAAGUUAAAGGGACGGGACCAGAAGGCAGAAUCAUCAAAAAGGACAUUGAGUCUUUUGUGCCUACAAAGGCUGCUCCUGCUGCAGCAGCUGCCAUGGCUCCCCCGGGUCCAAGAGUGGCACCAGCUCCUGCAGGUGUCUUCACAGACAUCCCCAUCAGCAACAUUCGUCGAGUGAUUGCACAAAGGCUCAUGCAGUCGAAGCAGACGAUACCUCAUUAUUACCUUUCUGUCGAUGUAAAUAUGGGAGAGGUGCUGUUGGUGCGGAAGGAGCUUAAUAAGAUGCUUGAAGGUAAAGGAAAAGUCUCAGUCAAUGACUUCAUCAUAAAAGCUUCGGCUUUGGCCUGUUUGAAAGUUCCCGAAGCAAAUUCAUCUUGGAUGGACACAGUUAUAAGACAAAAUCACGUGGUUGAUGUCAGCGUUGCUGUCAGUACCCCUGCAGGACUUAUCACCCCUAUUGUGUUUAAUGCACACAUAAAAGGACUGGAAACCAUUGCUAGUGAUGUUGUUUCUUUAGCCUCCAAAGCAAGAGAGGGUAAACUUCAGCCUCACGAGUUCCAGGGUGGAACAUUUACAAUCUCCAAUUUAGGGAUGUUUGGAAUUAAGAAUUUCUCUGCGAUUAUUAACCCACCUCAGGCAUGUAUUUUGGCAAUUGGUGCUUCAGAGGAUAAACUGAUCCCAGCAGAUAAUGAGAAAGGCUUUGAUGUGGCUAGUGUGAUGUCUGUUACACUCAGCUGUGAUCAUCGAGUUGUGGAUGGAGCAGUUGGAGCCCAGUGGCUUGCUGAAUUCAAAAAGUACCUUGAAAAGCCUAUAACUAUGUUGUUAUAAUUUACCCGAGAACUUCUACUCUUUCUCUGCUGACAUUAUAUUUAUAUGUUAUUAAACAGGUGGUUCUUUUAAAGUUUCACUAGUUAAUUUUAUUAUUCAGUCCAGAUAAUUUAUUUGUAAUAGACAUAAAUGAAUCUUUUUUAAAUGCCAGUUACACCCAAAUAUUGUACCCCUUUAAUAAUUAAACAUCAAUUUAAAGCUGUGUAUACUCCCAGGGGAGGGACAGGAAGCCUAACUCUUUGGUGAGAAGACCUUCCUGGGGUUAUAGAUGGGUAGGAUUGUGGCUUCCUGCAGACAAGCUCAUAAAAAUGGAUGAGACCUUGGAGUUUAGAGUUUAACCAAUUCAACUUAUUUAAGUGUGAGGGAAACAAAGUCAUGAAAAUUAUUUUUUAUGGGAGGAGUUUGAACAAAAGUUUUACUUUGGAAUCUAACCCUAGUUAAAGUCUCCUGUUACAUGACUUAAGUUUAUCAUUCAAGGAAAAUAAGUGAAACUUUAAGAGUCAUCAUUUUCUUAAACCUCUUCAACCAACUGUUAUUUUUAUAUGAAUCUCUAAAUAAAAUAGCUUUCCCCUCAAGAUAAAGAUAUAAGCCAGCUUCUUGAUAUAAAUGAAAAUUUAUGUAUUUAUUUAUAAACAAUUUCAAUGUAUAACUUGAGAAUUCUGCAGUUUCCUCCAAAUAAAAGAACAUCCAUAUUGAAAUGAACAAGUUGUAGAAGUAGACCUUUCCUUCUGAGGUGAACUGGAUGUUGACUGUACAUGAACCCAGUUAUCACGUUAUAUGUUGACUGUACAUGAACCCAGUUAUGACGUUAUUACUCAAGUUCAGAACUCUGUGGAAUGACUAUAGAAUGUAGAUGGGAGAAGUGUACAUAUGUAAUAUAUGGUUUAGAGUUGUAUAUGUGCCAAAGUUCAUUUAUCAGAUAUUGCCUGAAAGGAAAUGAGAGGAUGUUAGUGGGCAUUUCAUAGUGCUACAUGCAAUGCCAAGCUACUCAAAACGAUAAAGCAGGAGAAUAGUUCAACAAUCUAGCAAGUCUCUGUCUCAGUUAAAAAAAAAAAAAAAUCAAAUAAUACCCAAAACAACACGACAAUCUGUGGUUGGAGAAAGUUUUUUAAAAAGUGUAUAUUCAGCCAAGCGGUGGUGGCGCACGCCUUUAAUCCCAGCACUUGGGAGGCAGAGGCAGGCGGAUUUCUGAGUUUGAGGCCAGCCUGGUAUACAGAGUAAGUUCCAGGACAGCCAGGGAUACACAGAGAAACCCUGUUUCAAAAAACAAAACAAAACAAAAAAGUGUAUAUUCAAGAGUAUCCUCUCACCCCAGUCCUGUCUCGUAUAUAAAGUAAGAGCCCUGAGACCCUACUGGACAGAAAGACUUAGGUAGGCAGGUGGCUUUCUCCCUGGCCAGUGUGCUCUUUCAUUUUACUAUGUUUUACCUUUCUGUUGGAGGAGGGAAGCAGGCUGACACGCAGGAGAGUAAAAAUAAAUUGGGAACAGACUUCCUGUUGAUGUGUUUUUAUAAAUGUUUGAGAUUGUGACUUUAAAAUGACCUUGUGUGUAAUAUGGGGGGCACCCCCUGAAAUUUGACGUGUUUCAUCGGUGUUGAAUCUGUUUCUAAGUGUUCAUUAUCACAUGGUGCACAAGCGACACUCCAAACAGUCCACAAGCCUCCAAUGGUGUGUUUCUGCAGACAGUCCCAUGCAGGGCCUGCCUCCUCAGCACUGAGGCACUGAAAACCGCAGAACGAACAUGCGUAUCACAAGGGCGCACCCUUAGCAUGAGCCAAAUCUGAUCAAAUGUGAAAUCGAAAAAUGACUCAUUCUUUGCUAAUGCUCUUUUGUUCUCUUGAAAGAAAAAUAAAAGGUUGUCAUCUGACAAAAAUGUUCUCAGUUAAGACUAAAUCUCACCUGUAAUCUAAAUCUGGACUCAGAAUGGUAACUGAAAAACGUUAGAAACAGUGUUUUGGGUCAAGAACAAUUGUUUAAAAAUUAAACAUGUUUUCAGUGUGUCUGAA